AUGUCUGACAAAGAAGCAGUUGAUGCUUCACGUGAACUAAAAAGGUUGAGGAAAAACGGAACAUAUAUUCCUCCUGCUAAGCUUAAACAACUUCUAUCACAAAUUCAAGUGAAAGAGGGAACAAAAGAGUACCAAUUACUACGCUGGCAAAGCUUAUCCAAGAAAGUAACCGGGAUAAUUAAUAAAGUUAGUCGGGAAAAUGUUAAAACAACAGUGCUAUCACUUUUUAGACUUAACUUAAUAAGAGGAAGAGGUAUACUUGUUGAAGACAUUAUAAGUUCUUCGGAAGGUUCAGAUGGAUACUCCAAAGUGUAUGCGUCUGUGAUCUGUGUGAUAAACUCCAAGAUUCCUAUGAUUGGAAAGUUAUUGGGAGAGAGAAUAAUAAAGAACUUCAAACUACAGAUGGGGAGGAAAGAUAAGCUUCUUGCCGGACGAGAUUUAUCACUACUCUCUCAGUUGAUAAAUUUCAAGGUUAUCCAUGAAAUUGUGGUGCUACAAAUAUUAUACAAGCUUCUAGAGAAUCCGGAUAACACUUCAAUUGAACUAGCCUGUUUGCUGAUGAAUAAUUGCGGUAAAUUCUUGUUAAUAAGCUCAGAAAAAGCUACUAAUGCGAUCUUCCAAAGGUUAAGAGUUGUAAUGAGUGAAGGAAUUGUAAGAGGGAAAGCUCAGCAGUCAAUUUCAGAAUUACUUGUAUUGAAGCAAGAAAAUUUUAAGAAUAAACCAAUAAUUGAUGAAGAUUUGGAUAUUGUUGAAGAGGAGGAUAAGAUAACACAUACUCUUGAUUUCAAAGAUGAGCCAAAUGUUCAUCCAGAAUUAAAUCAUUUUCAAUAUGAUUCAGACUAUGAAGAAAACGAGAAAAAGUAUAAAACUUUAAAGGCAGAAAUUCUUGGUGACUCAGAGGAUGAAUCUGCAUCGGAAUUUGAUGAAACUGAAGAAGAAAUAACAUCACAGGAAGAAGAGGAAUUUUCUGAAUCUGAGGAAGAUGAGAGUGAAACCAAGAAUAAGGUCAAAGAAGAUAUCAAAGAUUUCACUGAGCAAGAAUUGACCCAUUUUCAGAAGACCAUAUAUCUCACCAUAAUGGGUAGUCUGAAUCCAGAAGAAGCUGUGCAUAAACUCUUGCAAGUUGAUCCGAUUGAUAAGGCGAACAAUGAGUUUAUGAUUACAGAUAUGCUUGUUAAAUGUUGUGCACAGGAAAGAACCUACUCAAAAUUUUAUGGGCUUUUGGGGGAAGGACUUAUAGUUGUAAGUAACCUUUGGUCCCAGGCAUUUGACAAAGCUUUUGAGGAAAAUUACGAAAAUUGCCACAAAUAUGAUACAUCUUUACUAAGAAAUAUUGGAAGCUUUUGGGGUCAUAUGUUUGCAUCAGAUAAAAUGGGAUGGGAGGUCAUGAAGCUUAUAAAGUUGACUGCUGAUGGAACAACAUCUGCGCAGAGAAUACUUCUAAAAUUUGUUUUUAUGAGGAUAAUGAAUGAAAUAGGAGAAAAUGAAUUCAAUCUUCGCAUCAGUGAGGAGUAUAUUCAGCCCUACAUAGAGGGAAUAUUUCCACAUAAUAAUGCAGAAAAUGUGAAAUUCUCAAUCAAUUACUUUACGGCAAUAGGUCUGGGAAAGAUCACAGAACAAAUGAGAACAAUUUUAAAGGAUUUACCUGUUGAAGAGAACGACGACGGUUCAAGAAGUGCAAGAUCAAGAUCUAGUUCUGUUUCAAGUGUAUCGUCGUAUUCCUCAUCAUCUGGCUCCAGUUCAUCAUAUUCCAAUGAAGAGGACACAACAUAUGUCAACCGUAGAAUACCAAAUUCCAGAGAAUACUCCAACAAUCGUACGAAACGAUCUCACGAGGAUUUUGAUAAUUAUCCCGGUACUAAGAGCAACAGAGUACCACUUGGCAAAAAAAGACGGAUUUAA